AUGUCUAUCCCAAGUUUACCAGAUGAUUUAAUACCUGAAUUUCUUGCAAGAUUGUCACCUACUCCACUUAUGCGAUUUAGAUGUGUAUCGAAAUCAUGGCGUGCUUUAAUAGACAGUCCUGAGUUCAAACGGAUGCAACUGAGGCAUUCAACUUUGCACUACAACGCCAGCGACUACGUUUUCAGGGGUCACCAUGCAUCCGGUUACAGGAUUUGUGCUGCACGAUGGGAUUCAGCGGCAAACUUCCAGAAUACUUUGAGAACGAUAAAAGGGUCCCCUCUUUCAGAGAUCGCUUUGGGAAAUUCUAGGCUAGUUGGCGCUUGCAAUGGCCUGAUUUGCAUGGAGGAUAAGGCCACUCCCACUAGGGUGAUUCUGUGGAAUCCCUGGAUUAGGAAGAGUUUUGAAUUACCUUAUUCUCGGGUCCAAAGUAAGUUGUCUGGUUACUUGAGAACCCUAAAUAGAUCCUUCCACUAUGGUUUCGGGUAUGAUGAUUCUACAGAUGAUUACAAGUUGGUGAGGUUAGUUCAACAUCAAGUAUCUCUCCAUGCACCGGCUUGGUGUGAAGUUAAGGUUUAUAGUUUGAAAUCGAAUUCUUGGAGAAGGCUUCCGGAAUUUCCAUAUGCCGUUAGCCAAGGAAGUCAAAGAUCCAGUGGAGUUCUCUGUAAUCAUGCCUUGCAUUGGAUUGUGCAGGGGGAUUCUAUUGCAGCUGUUGAUCUUAAAAGUGAGGAAUAUAGGCUUGUGCCAAUGCCUGAGAUUUUGAGUGAUAAAUGUUGGUGGGAUUUGGGGUUAUUGGAAGGUUGCCUCUGCAUACUUUCUACAGAGUAUUCUGAUCCUAAUGGCACAUUCGUUCUAUUAUGGGUAAUGAAGGAUUAUGGAAGAAAGGAUUCUUGGACAAAGACUUUACGAGUUCCAGUAAGAAAAUUUUACUCAACUGGCUAUAUCGAUCCUAUUGGGUAUUCAGAAGCCAAUAAACAACUUGUUUUGCACAAGAAAAAUCAGGGUUUUAUGUGGUUCUACACUGAAAACCCGAGGCGGGGCGAGACGGCCAGGAUUCCCAAUUUAUAUUCUACAAUGGAAGGAUACGUUUGUGCUGGCAGCCUUGUGCAGCCUUUUGGAGGUUAUGGAAUCAAGAAAGGAAUCAAACGCACCAGAAAGUGA